CAGUAGCCAGCCCCAACUUGCCAGGGCAGACAGAUCCCGGGGCACAUGGAGAGGAAGAGGCUGGCAUCAGAGGCUGCAGCAAGAUGGAUGCUGGGCACUUGCCUGUGCUUGCUGCUGGGUGCUCCUGUGGUCUGUGCCCUCCAGGGACCGUUGCUGCUGCCCCCCGACGACACUGGCCCAGAGAAUGCCAGCUGGGAGUCCCAGGAAACCCACAAUAAUGAAUCCUCCGAGCACACAGUCUUCUUCUCCCUGGAUUAUCAGCAUGUGCAGGUUCCCUUUGAAAUAACGCUUUGGAUCAUGCUAGCUUCUCUGGCCAAAAUAGCAUUUCAUCUGUAUAACAAGCUGCCGUCGGUUGUGCCUGAAAGCUGCUUACUGAUAUUUGUGGGACUCAUCAUGGGAGGAAUCAUCUAUGGCUUAAAUGACAAGUCCCCACCGGUCAUGGACAGCGAUAUCUUCUUUCUUUAUUUACUGCCACCUAUAGUCCUUGAUGCAGGUUAUUUUAUGCCCAGCCGUCCCUUUUUUGAGAACAUUGGGACUAUUCUUCUGUAUGCAGUAGUGGGAACUAUAUGGAAUGUGUUUGGGAUUGGCUUCUCACUGUAUGGGAUAUGCCAAGUGAAAUCCUUUCACCUGCAAGAUAUAUCGUUGCUCCAUAAUCUCUUGUUUGGCAGUCUGAUUGCUGCAGUGGAUCCCGUAGCGGUGUUAUCUGUGUUUGAAGAGAUACAUGUCAAUGAAAAGCUUCACAUUUUGGUUUUUGGAGAAUCGCUCCUAAAUGAUGCUGUCUCAGUUGUGCUGUACAAGCUGUUUAGAUCCUUUUGUGAAAUGUCAACAAUCAAAACCGUGGAUGUAUUUGCAGGAAUUGGGAAAUUUUUUGUGGUUGGAAUAGGAGGGGUAUUGGUAGGCCUUUUAUUCGGGAUGAUUGCUGCCUUUACCACACGAUUUACCAAGAAUAUCCGUGUAAUUGAACCCCUCUUUGUCUUCCUGUACAGUUACCUAUCCUAUCUCACUGCAGAAAUGUUUCAUCUCUCUGGUAUUGUAGCCAUUAUUGCUUGUGCCAUGGGCAUGAAACGUUAUGUGGAGGCAAACAUUUCUUUGAAGUCUCACACAACAAUCAAGUACUUUCUGAAGAUGUGGAGCAGUGUUAGUGAUACCCUUAUCUUCAUCUUUCUUGGGGUCUCUACCAUUGGAGACAACCAUGAGUGGAGCUGGUCUUAUAUUUGCUUUACCAUCAUUUUCUGUCUUAUUUGGAGAGCACUAGGGGUUCUUGUAUUGACUUUCUUCGUGAACAGAUUACAUGUGAACACUGUUACCAGCAAAGAUCAGUUUAUUAUAGCCUAUGGGGGUCUUAGAGGUGCCAUCUGUUUCUCUCUGGUUUUCUUGCUCCCUGAAUUUCCUAGGAAGAAACUCUUCAUUGCAGCCACAACUGUAGUUAUUCUCUUCACUGUGUUUGUACAGGGAAUGACCAUCCGUCCUCUUGUUGACUUAUUAGAUGUGAAGAGAAAAAGAGAAAGUGCACCCACUGUGGGGGAACAGAUUCACAUCCGGUUCUUGGAUCAUUUGCUGGCUGGCAUAGAAGAUAUAUCUGGACACUGGGGACAGUAUUACUGGAAAGACAAAUUGGAAUAUUUCAACAGCAAAUAUCUUCAGAAGUUCUUACUCCGAGAGUAUGACCAGCCAAAAUCAAGUAUUGUGCUGCUCUAUGAAAAGCUAGAGAGGAAACAUGCCAUUGAGCUAGUGGAAGCAGGGCAGCUAAUUCAUGAGCCAUCCCAUACAUCUUUGCUUGACAGCCACCGAUCUACCGUAGUGGUCAAAGAAUCAGACUCUAUGAAUCCAGAUGUGCUGGAAAAUAUACAGAAAAUAUUGUCAAGAAACCUAUACCGAAUAAGAAGAACAGUCCCAGCAUAUAACAGGCAUAACCUUCCUGGAGAAAGUGGGACAGCAGAGCAGGCAAAGGAAAUCCUGAUUCUUAGACACAGGAGCCUUCGAGUCCAUAUGAACAGAAGCGACUCUGAUCACUCUAGAAAGGAGAAGGAUGACUCCUAUUCUGCACAUCAUAGAUUUGAGACAAAGCCUAAAUUAUGCCGGUCCUUAACUGUAAGGGAUCCAGAAAAAGUACCUGAUCUGAAAUGCAGCCGAUCAAAGUCUAUGACCUUCAGCUCACCUCUACAGCCUGGUAGCACUGAAUUGCUUAAGGAAGAAGAAACAGAAAAACGGUCACUUGCAGAAAUAGAAAUAUACACAAAGGAGCGAUAGAGAGAGAAGGAAG